AUGCUUUCCGUCACCUCUGUAGCCUUGCGUGCUGGCGCCAGGCGCGCCGGUCCUCGGGCCGCUGCUGCUGCUUCGACCACGAUUCGAUGCCCCAACCUCACCACCUACCGCGCCCUCUCCCAGUCCCGCGCCGCCGCCGCGCCCCCUACCCGCGACCGAACCCGCGAGAUUGUCGCCCAGACCGUCUCCAGCAUCGGCUCCAAGCGCGAGGGCCAGCAGUACCUCAAGCUCUUCACUUCGGUCUCUUCCCAAAAGUUUGCCGUCAUCAAGGUCGGCGGCGCUAUCCUGACCGAUUACCUCGACGAGCUCUGCCGCUCCAUGCUCUUCCUGUACGAGCUCGGCCUCUACCCCGUCAUUGUCCACGGCGCCGGCCCCCAGCUCAACCGGCUGCUCGAGGAGGCCGGCGUCGAGCCCCAGUUUGAAGAGGGUAUUCGUGUCACCGACUCAAAGACUCUCGGCGUCGCCCGCAAGCUCUUUCUCGAGGAGAACCUCAAGCUCAUUAACCGUCUCGACGAGCUCGGCGUCGCUACCCGCUCCAUCUCGGGCGUCUUCAUGGCCGACUACCUCGACAAGGAAAAGUGGCAGUACGUCGGCAAGAUUACAAGAAUCAACAAGGACGCCAUCGAAAAGUCGAUUGAAGCGGGCUACAUCCCAGUCCUGACUUCCAUGGCCGAGUCCGACGACGGCCGUCUGCUCAAUGUCAAUGCCGAUGUCGCUGCUGCUGAGCUUGCCCGCGCUCUUGAGCCUCUCAAGGUAGUCUACCUCUCUGAGAAGGGCGGCUUGUUCGACGGUGAGGGCGAUAAGAUUUCCCACAUCAAUCUCGACGAGGAGUUUGACCAGCUCAUGGCCCAGCCUUGGUGCCGCUACGGCACUCGUCUCAAAAUCAAAGAGAUCAAGGACCUGCUCGACACCCUCCCCCGCACCUCCAGUGUUGCCAUUAUUCAUCCCAGCGACCUGCAAAAAGAGCUCUUUACCGACUCCGGUGCUGGAACCAUGAUUCGUCGCGGCGACAAGAUUCAAAAAGCCAAUUCCGUUUCCGAGUUUGAGGACAUUGAUAAAAUCAAGGCCACUCUCAUCCGGGACCGCGAAGGCCUCGACUCCGAAGCCACCGUCGACCGCUUUGUCGACUUUCUCAGAGAAAACCCUUUCAAGGCAUACUUUGACGAUGCCCUGCAGUGCCUGGCCAUUGUCGUCCCCGCUGGCGAGGGCCGCACCCUGCCCACCCUGGCCACGCUCAACAUUACCAAGUCGGGCUGGCUGACUAACGUCGCCGAGAACGUCUUUGCCGCCGUCAAGAAGGACCACCCGCAACUCGUCUGGACCGUCAAUGAAAACGACGAGAACCUUACCUGGUUCUUUGAAAAGGCCGACGGCAGCUUUAGCCAUAAUGGCAGCGUACUCUUUUACUAUGGCUGCGACCUCCGCUCCCCCGCCCUCUCCCCCGUCUACGAUGAGUUUGUCUCCCACGGCCGCGCCAUGCUCGGCGACACCAACCUCGAGUCUCGUCUACGCCGCGCCGCUCAGACAGCCAGCGACAAUCUGAACCGCUCCCAUGUCGCCCAGCAGGCCCGCGGCUUCUCCACCUCUCGCGUUAUCGGACCCAGGACGCCCAGCAUGUCGCCCAUGCAGCAGCAGCGCCGUGGCUACACGACCAACACUAACCCUAAUCCCCCUCUGGGCAAGAAGAACGCCACUAACUCUGUUCCGGCGCGCGUGGCCCUCAUUGGUGCCCGCGGCUACACCGGCCAGGCUCUCAUCGAUCUCCUCAACGCCCACCCCAACAUGGACCUGCGUCACGUCUCCUCCCGCGAACUGGCUGGCCAGGAGCUGCAAGGCUACGAGAAGCGUAAGAUUAUCUACGAGAACCUCUCCGCCGAGGACUGCAGCAAGCUGGAGAAGGAGGGCAAGAUUGACUGCUGGGUCAUGGCCCUCCCCAACGGUGUCUGCAAGCCCUUUGUAGACGCUAUCGACGCUGCCAGCAACGGCAGAUCAGCCCAAGACAAGAGCGUUAUUGUCGACCUGUCGGCCGACUACCGAUUUGAUAACAAGUGGACGUAUGGUCUGCCGGAGCUGGUGCGCCGUUCGGAGAUUUCGCAGUCCAAGCGCAUUGCCAACCCCGGCUGCUACGCCACGGCGGGCCAGGUUGGCAUCUCGCCUAUUCUGGAGCACUUGGGCGGGCAACCUACCCUUUUUGGUGUCUCUGGCUACUCGGGCGCCGGCACCAAGCCGAGUCCCAAGAACGACAUUAACGAGCUCCGCGACAACUUGAUGCCGUACAGCCUGACGGGCCACGUACAUGAGCGCGAGAUGAGCAGACAGCUGGGCAGCCCAGUGUCCUUUAUCCCGCACGUUGCCUCAUGGUUCCGCGGCAUUCACCACACCAUCAAUAUACCCCUCAACAAGACGAUGACGUCGCGCGACAUUCGACAGAUUUACCAGGACCGAUAUGCUGGUGAGAAGCUGAUCAAGGUGGUGGGCGAGGCGCCGUUGGUGCGCAGCAUCAUGAACAAGCACGGCGUGGAAGUCGGCGGCUUUGCCGUGGAUAACACUGGCAAGCGCGUGGUUGUGUGCGCGAGCAUUGACAAUCUCCUCAAGGGUGCUGCCACCCAAUGUUUGCAAAACAUGAACCUGGCUCUGGGCUAUGCCGAGUUUGAAGGCAUCCCUACCAUGUAG